GACACCCCAAUUACUGGCGUUUUGGCGGGGAUGGCCGAUCUUUCGGUCCUGUAUAGUGCGGUGAGACUUGCUAAACUGAACUUCAUUCUUGAAGGAGUUGGCCCUUUCACCAUGUUUGCGCCAACCAACGCAGCUUUCAGACUCUUGGGGCCGGGCAUUGCAGCCACCUUGAUGGAGCUAGAGAACACAGCCUACCUUACGCAGGUGCUGCAGUAUCACCUUUGCUACGGCAACACUCCGAGUCAGGAACUUCUACCCGGGCAGGUAGAACUCGUCCAGAGUGAAUCGUACCUCUCGACCCUGGCAGAGGCCUGCGGAGUCUUGAUGCCCACGAACGAUGCCUUUGCGGCACUGGGCAACGGUGUGAUCACCUCCAUGGUCCUGGCACCCAACCUGGAGAAGCUGCGACAGGCGAAUGAGUUGUUGCUGAGGGGACUGGCGAAACUGGCGGCGAAAUCGAAGCAAAUUGAACCGAAUUGCCAAUUGGUGGAUUCCAGAUCCACGGCAAUCAGCGCCAACGUGCCCGGGACAAAUGGCUUGUUGCACGUGGUAGACACGGUGCUCUUGCCGGCAGGAUUCACCUACCCGGACAAGAACCUCUUGCAGCUGGUGCUUGCCCUGAACCGUUUCAGUUUGAAGGUGCAGCAGAGUCCAUCUCUGUCAAUCUUUGCAGCAGCGAUAGCGGCCACCGGCCUUGAGAACACUCUGAAUGGAAGGUUAUCAGGAGAAACGAGGUACACGCUCUUCGCGCCUACGAAUGACGCAUUUCAAUCAUUGGGCAUUGGUGUAGCAACCUCCUUGCUGAUGCCAGCGAACCAGGUGAAAUUGUACCAGAUCGUCCGGUAUCAUUUGCUCUCAGGUUCCGUCCGUCCCCUCGUGGUGGAUGAAGUCGGGACGACCAUCGUUGACAUUCCCGUCGCCUACUCAGCGACCGACAACCGACAGCACGCAAAGAUGCAGCCGGUGCAGCGCCACGCCAGGCAGGUGGGAGAAAGCACGGACACUUUGUCGACCUUUAUCUCUUUGGUGUUGCUGGCAGAGCUCAAAGAUCAGCUCUCAAUGAAUGGUCAGAUCCCCAGGGCCAGUGGAUGCCAGUGGCCCCACUCCACAAGUGGCACGCAGCACCAAGCGGCACCACGCAGCACCAAGUGGCACCAAGGUCCAUACACAGUUUUUGCCCCGACCAAUGCAGCAUUGGCCGCCCUGGGGCGAACGUUCCAGCCACCCGUGACCAUCAACGCCGAUGUGGAAGUCUCCACGGAGAACGUUUUAGCGACGACUUUCUGCAGCACUCGGAGAGCGCUCCUCGAUUGCCCUUCGCCAGCCUCACCGUCCAAGCUGCGAGUUGGGGAGGCACGAUCCAAUUUGAUUCGGGGAGCUGCAGCUGACAAGCUGACAGGUCUUCCCAGUCGACUGAUCAGGUACUUGGUGUACGACACUCAGGGCGACGCCAAUUGCAUUGAGGCAAGCGGCAGUCGGAAGUGGCAAGUUGCUGAGAGGCCUCUACUGGGUGUCUUCGAUGAGCAAACGACGCACUCGCGCUUGACGGGGGGUGCCGUGGAUGCGGCACUGGGCGGGUUCAAUCCUACCAGGAAGCCCCCUCAAAGAGGAUAUCCUGCCACCCGAUCGCCUGCCAUCUCUGAAGUGGAAGAUCUUGAAGCCUUUGGUGAUAUGCUGAAACGAGAAAAGGAGAAAAUCGAGAGUCCGCCCUCGAAGUCAGUGAUCACCUUUGACAAAGCUUCAAGAAAGUCCAAGACCACAGUG